GACUCGGCAGACGCACACACACGCGCACAAACAAACAGUCACAGGGUCGUGCACCGAGCUUGUCUUUCCGGCUCUUCCGUGUCUUUACUAACGGGAUAAGUUGAAACCUGCGGGCAUAUCUGUGCUCCAUGUGAACAUCUCGACCCAGAGUGAGACUGUACUGUACUGCUGCUGAAAAGAUGAUGUUGAUGACAACAGAAGGAGGCCACGGCCAAAGGUGCUGCCCUUGCUAGAAUCAUACAUUUCCUCCCAAUUGCAUCCCUCCACCAUUAUCCAGUACUGCUGUCCUGCACACUGGCAUCAUGGCCAGCCACCUGGAGCUGAUCCAGGAGCUGCAGCAGCUGGACAAGGUGCCCAGUUUAGAGAGGCUGCGAGCAGCCCAGAAGCGCCGUACACAGCAGCUGAAGAGAUGGGCCAUGUAUGAAAAGGAGAUGCAGAACAAGAAGCGAAAGGCAGACAAGAAGGGGCGCAUCUUCAACCACCUCUACCAGACAGAGUCCAAAAGGCGUGUGUCAUUUGCCGCCAGCGUGGCGCUUCUGGAGGCAUCGGCCAGGAAUGAUCCGGAUGAAGUUCGUUACCUGCUGAGGAACAAUGUGAGUCCAGACCUCUGCAACGAAGAUGGUCUCACGGCCCUGCAUCAGUGUUGUAUAGAUAACUAUGAGGAGAUGGUGAAGAUCCUACUGGACCGAGGAGCCAGUGUCAACGCUCAGGACAAUGAGCUCUGGACUCCGCUACAUGCUGCUGCGACCUGUGGCCACACAGGACUGGUGAAGAUACUCAUCGCACAUGGUGCAGAUCUGCUGGCGGUCAACUCUGAUGGGAACAUGCCCUAUGACCUGUGCGAAGACGACCCAACACUGGACAUCAUUGAGACGGCUAUGGCCAACAGAGGUAUCACCCAGGAGAUGAUCAACGAGACACGAGCGUCAACGGAGAGGAGGAUGCUGGGAGACAUUCAAGAACUGCUGCGACAGGGAGAGGAGGUCAACCAGCAGGACUCUCAGGGAGGCACACUGCUCCAUAUUGCAGCGGCAAAUGGCUACGUGCAGGCUGCAGAGCUGCUGCUGGAGGGGGGAGCGCGCAUGGACCUGAGAGACUCAGAUGGAUGGCAGCCUCUUCAUGCUGCAGCAUGCUGGGGUCAGAUGCAUGUGGCAGAGCUGCUGGUGUCACAUGGAGCCAGUCUCAAUGCCAAGACCUUCCUCGAGGAGACUCCCAUUGAUCUGUGCGAGGAUGAGGAGUUCAGAGCCAUCUUGUUGGAUCUGAAGCACAAACAUGACAUUAUAAUGAAGUCACAGCUCAAACACAAGACAUCACUGUGUAGGCGAACGUCCAGCGCAGGCAGUCGUGGAAAAGUGGUGCGGCGAGCCAGCCUGUCUGACAGACACAACUUGUGUCGUAAGGAGUAUGAGACGGAGGCCAUUGUCUGGAGGGGAGGGAGGGAGGAGGAGGAGGAGAAAGAGAAAGAGUCUGAUCAGGAGAAUAACCAAGUGAUGGAUGUCAAGCCCGUUGUAACUGUGGAUCUGCCAGACAAGCCCAAGCUCCCCACCAUCCUCAAAGAUGGCAGCAGCAAACAGAACGGCCUCAUCCCCAUGACAACAUCAGUGCCACAGCAGCCGGCCUCCAAUGGCAACGUGCAAUCGUCCGAUAAGGGUGUUGUCAUCACCACCCAGCCCGCCCAGGAGGAAGUCUUGACCAGAGAGCGCGCUCAGACUCUGUCGGAGCUCAAGAAACAGAGGGCCGCCGCCAAAUUGUUGAAUCACCCCUUGUUCAACGGCCACCUAGGUAAUGGCUCCACAGACGCCACUGCUGAUGCCAAACCCAACUCUGAGGACCCCCGCAUGCCGCAGGUUUCCUCUAAUGGCAGUGCGGUUUACUACACGCCAGCCAGCGGCGACCCACCCCUCCUCAAGCUGAGACAGCCAAUAGAGGAAGAACAGUCGAAGGUGCGGACCUGCUGCUGCAUGUCAUAGCGCUGUAGUCACUGUUUGCACAGAGGAGGGAAGCAAGCAAUGUACUCUAGGGGGGAGGAAAGCAAGAGGGGCUGUCCUGUCUUUUAACAUCCUCCCCUACUUUGAAACUUCCUCCAGAGGAGAUGGGGGGAGGCUGAUGAAGGUCUAGAAACGUUUCCAUUCACCUCCCUGUCACGACUCCUGUUGCAACUGAAGAAACCUCCCAAAUGGAAGGAUGUUUCAGCUGUAGCAGAGAAAAGGGACCGAGCAGUGCCACUGUUUUCCUUCAGAUGCCACCUGGACUAAAAUUCGUCUCCUUACAAGACAUGCCAAAUGUAUAGAAAGAGCACGAGAAGCUAUUUCUCUGUCCCUGUGUACCUUUGAGAAUCAAAGGGUGGACAGUUUUUAAGCUUUUUGCCUGGAAAGGGUCAAGUUUUGAAUCAGGAGAGUGGAGACAAUCCCAAGGUACUGCAUGCUCUGCCCUCAGAGAGAAAAAUGAGAACCUACAAAUGGAUGGUUAUCACAUAAAUAAACAUUUCCUUUAUGAAACCACAACGCCCAUCCUUUUCACCAUAUUCUUGCCAUUUUCAAAAUGUGCAUGAAGGCCAACACAGAGCAGCCCAGAUAUAUUGUGUUGCAUCGUGUUGCAUCAAACUGCUGAACGUAGCAAAAAAAGAGACUAGGUAUCUUCUUCCAUGUUGAAAUACGGUCUGCACAGAUUAAGGGAAGGAACGCCAUUAAACAGUGUUAAAAUAUUCAGGAAGUGUACUUCUACCAUGAGAGACAACAGGAAAGAAUAUUACUCUGCACUGUUGUUUGACUGUCACUGUGUUCCGUCAACAACUGUCCUCUCAUAUCAAUCCUAACCUGACAGCUCACAUUCUGAUUUAUACAUUAUCCACUUUGUGCUCACUCACAUAGAUAAUUUAAGCGGACAUCUUUGGAAAUUACUGUACAUUUCUUUAUUUAUGAAAUUAAUGUAAUGUGUAAAAUACAUUAUGGUUCCUAAAGUUGAGUGUAUUUAUUACUUGGAUGUUGUGUGGAGAAUGUGAAUGCAAUAUAAGAUGAGCUGGAGAAUCGUCUGGCAAAGCACCUUCAGCAUGGAAACGGAUGAAGUGAAGUAAAGGUUACUGUCUGCUAUAUGUAUACAAUAUUAAAAAUACAAACAAACCAUCCUGCUGGGAUGGAUUCAUAUUUGUGUCACUACAAA